CCCGACCGACCGACGACGACAUCUCUCUCUCUCACUCCCGUCUCCACCACCACCGACGACGACGUCUUUCUUCCUUCAUUGUUCUCGGCCUCCACCCUCCAUACCGUCACCGACCCCCUCACACAUCACACUGGGAGCAUUCCUCCCCCCACCACGCGCUGCCCACUUUCGCAGCCACCCAAUUCUAACCACAGACAAACCGCCACCAUGUCGACGAUACAGAACCUCAAAAACUUCAUCCGCCAUGGCAAGCAGGCCCGUGACGGUCGAACUCCUCCCGACCAGGCCACCACUCACGUCUCCAACGUCCACGCACAACAGCAACGCUUCAACAACGCACAGCCGCAACAAGUGCAGCAGCAACAUCAGAAUUACGGCAUGAGCGACCCGAACGUGUACCAUCACCAGCCUUUACAAGGCGGUGGCCAACAUCAAGAUGCCUACUCCGCUGCCGCCGUCGACAAUCGGAAUCAAGCUGCCAAGGCCGGUCACGCCGCCGCGGGCGCCGUCGAUGGCCACCAAAAGAGAGAACAAAAGCAAAAGGACUACGACCCACAAGUACUGGAACGGAUAGUGGCUGAGGAACGUGAGAGCAAAGGCAAACUUCCUCGCUACCCAGGCCUGGAGCGAUGGACACUGGUCGAGAAGAUGGGCGACGGCGCUUUCAGCAAUGUCUACCGUGCCAAGGACACUCAACACGUCUACGACCAGGUCGCGAUCAAGGUGGUGCGGAAGUUUGAGAUGAACUCGACACAGGGCGUGCUACAUCCGGACUACGAAAAGAAGGCGCCCAAGGGCGUUGAGCGCGCCAACAUUUUGAAGGAAGUUCAGAUCAUGCGACAGCUCGACCACCCGAAUGUCGUCAAGCUGGUCGACUUUUCCGAGUCUCGCCAAUACUACUACAUCAUCCUCGAAUUAUGUCCCGGUGGCGAACUGUUCCACCAGAUCGUCCGCCUGACCUACUUCAGUGAGGAUUUAUCACGACAUGUCAUCACGCAGGUUGCCGAUGCAUUGCAGUAUCUGCACGAGGAGGCUGGCGUUGUUCAUCGCGACAUCAAACCCGAGAAUUUACUCUUCUACCCUGUUCCAUUCGUACCAACAAGAAAUCCAAAGCCUAAGGGGCCCGAGGACGAAGACAAGGCUGACGAGGGCGAAUUCAUUCGAGGACAAGGAGCGGGCGGAAUCGGCACAAUCAAGAUUGCCGACUUUGGCCUUUCCAAGGUCAUUUGGGACAGCCAAACUAUGACACCUUGCGGUACAGUCGGAUAUACAGCACCCGAAAUCGUCAAGGAUGAGCGCUACUCCAAGAGUGUCGACAUGUGGGCGCUCGGCUGUGUGCUCUACACUCUCCUCUGCGGUUUCCCACCCUUCUACGACGAAUCCAUCCAAGUCCUGACUGAAAAGGUUGCACGUGGUCAAUACACCUUCCUCUCUCCUUGGUGGGACGACAUUUCCAAAUCCGCGCAGGAUCUCGUCUCCCACCUCCUCACCGUCGAUCCCGAGAAGCGCUACGAUAUCAACCAAUUCCUGGCCCACCCCUGGAUCCGUGGUUCCGACGAAGCCACCACAGCCGCCCUCGAUGCUCCACCUCUCGCCACACCCCUGCACGUUCGCCAAGGUCAAAUGUCAGCUGGCGACAAGAGCGCCUCGCCGCUCAAACCCGACUUCGCCUACCUCGAAGAGAACAACCGCCGCAUGGACUUCCGCUCUCCCGGCGCCGUCAACCUACGAGAGGUCUUCGACGUCGGCUACUCCGUCCACCGACAAGAGGAAGAAGGCAAACGCCGCAAGAACUUUAAGCAAGGCUACCGCGGCGGCAACCAGAUGAACUCCCUCAACGCUUUGGAUGAAGACUACGGCGACGACGACGAAGACGAGGGCGGCUUCUCCCAGCCGUACGACAGCAAUCAGCAAGCUCCACCGGCGAAAGUUCCCAAGUCGGGUGCGGCGCCGGAUGUGGGCGGUAUGGAGAAGCAAAUGCGCAACACGAGCUUGUCGGCCGCGGCGCAGGCGAGACAGCAGAAUGCUCCCAGGGCUGCUCCAGCGGCGAAGGGAUAUGGACAGCACUCGCCGGAAGUCGCGGCGGCGGCGAAGAGGCAGGUGAGGAAUAAGGCUGGAGCCUUUGAGCUGAGUUUGGACAAUGCUACGUUGUUGGGACGGAGAGGGAAAAAGGACGCUGGGCCGAGUGGAUUGAGGCAGGAGCAAGUCGUGCAAUAG